CAGAAGUAUUCUCUCCUGACGUUCUGCCUACAUCUAUGGCAGGCAUCCUCAGAGGGUAUGAGGUGUGGAGAAACUAAGCAAGGACAACCUCUGAGGAUGAGACACUACUGUAUUUCCAUGUUCUACAACAGUGAUGGCCAACCUAUGACACGCGUGUCAGCACUGACAUACCUAGCCAUUUUUGCUGACAUGCUGCCGCAUGCAGAUUGAUUGGAUGACUAUGUCUUCUGUGGCCAAAUUAUAAUAAUAAUAAUAUAAUAAAACUUUAUUUAUAUACCGCCCUAUCUCCCGGAUGGGACUCAGGGCGGUUUACAGUCAUAAAAGCAAACACAAACAUUACAUAACAACAUAAUACACAUUAUUAAACAAAGUAAAAUAAUACAAUUAUAACAAUAAAUCACACUUACUUGACCAGAUCAAGGGGACGAGAACCAUAAAACCAAUAUUUUAAAAUGUAUCAUUUUAGGCUAGGGAAAUCUUGUGCAAUAUAUUCAUAUAUUGAUGCGAUUUGGUCCAGUGGUUUUGUUGUUUAGUCCAUGGGAAUUAUGCACAAUAUACCGUAUAUAUUAUAUCAUUCUAUUGUUAUUGUAAUAUAUUAUCAUAUUAUUGCUACUAUUAUUACUAUUAUAUUAUUAUUCAUUAUUCAUGACUACAUUGAAACUAGAAUAGAGAGAAAUCAGCGUGGAAAACUGCAAGAGGUACCAUAGAUGGUUGUACAUGGAAAUAAUGGUAGUAAAUCGUUUUUGAUUUAUUAAAUACAGUUAUAUAUUACAAUUAUAUACAGUAGAGUCUCACUUAUCCAACAUAAACUGGCCAGCAGAAUGUUGGAUAAGCGAAUAUGUUGGAUAAUAAGGAGGGAUUAAGGAAAAGCCUAUUAAACAUCAAAUUAGGUUAUGAUUUUACAAAUUAAGACCCAAAACAUCAUGUUAUACAACAAAUUUGACAGAAAAAGUAGUUCAAUAUGCAGUAAUUCUAUAUAGUAAUUAUUGUAUUUACGAAUUUAGCACCGAAAUAUCACGAUGUAUUGAAAACAUUGACUACAAAAAUGCAUUGGAUAAUCCAGAACGUUGGAUAAGUGAGACUCUACUGUAUAUUAUAUUAUUACUACUAUUAUUACAAUUACAUUAUUAUUCAUUAUUAAUGACUACAUUGAAACUAGAAUAGACAGAAAUCAGCGUCGAAACUGCAAGUACCAUAGAUUGUUGUACAUGGAAAUAAUAGUUUUUGAUUUAUUAAAUACAGUUAUAUAUUACAAUUAUAUUUUUUUGUUAUUUAAACUAUACAUAUUGCAAAAUUAUGGGGUUUUUUUCUCUCAAAGUGACACACCACCCAAGUCAUGCUAGGUUUUUUUGGUGAAUUUUGACACACCUAGCGCAAAACCUUGCCCAUCAUUGUUCUACAAUCUAUGGUACGUACGCUUCCAAACAAAAACUUUGCCAGGUCUUACUUUCGGGGGAGGCCUUAUAUUUAGCAAUUCAGCAAAACCUCUACUAGGUCUGAUUUUCGGGGAAGCGGGGUAUAUACGGUAUAUUUUGUAGACUGAGCCACAGAUUCUUUGCUCUUGUUUGCAGUGAUAGACCAGCAUGCAAUCGCAGGAAGAACCACGGUGGAAAUUAGCAACAACAACAACACAUUUCAAAUGCGGUGGUCCUCUUACAGCCAGUGACGGUGCUGCUGCCGUAGAUCUAAGAGGCUGAUACAUUGGAAAGGCAGUGCGGAGACCAAGGGUGAAACGGUUGGAGGGUCUGGCAGGGUGGGCUUGGGUCUCCCAGGAGCCUCUUGGGAGAGAAUGGACAAAGCCCAGCCGAUCUCUCCCUGUCUCUCCCGCAGGGCCGGCUUGCAGCUUUCAGGAGUGGAAGCCAAACCCAGCACAGGAAGGGGGAAUCUUGCAAUGCCGGGAGGGCUUCCUGUUCCUCUUUUAGGGCCCGCGAGAAAGAGCACGGCCUCAGGCAGCACCCCAGGAUGGGCAGCAAGGAAAGGGACCGUGCCAGUGCCCCAGGGACUACGGUGCCUGGCUUUGGCCUGCAGUUGGGAUGCUUCGAGGGCCACGCCGCCCUCCUGCAGCUGCAAGACGUGGAGCUGCGUCUCCUGGAGGGUCUGCGCAAGUGGAUGGGGCAGCGGGCCAAGAGUGACCGGGAGUAUGCGGCCCUCCUGCACCAGAUGCACAGCCUGGCCGGGAAGCAGGAGGGCGGUGGGGUGGUGCCAGGGGGCAGCCAGGUCAGCCAGUGCUGGUGGUCGCUGGUGACCCAGACGGAGGCCCUGAGCCAGAUCCUGCAGCGCCACGCGGGGUCCGUGCUCUCGGGACCACUCCACCGCCUGGGCCUCCUCAUCCAGAACAAGCAGCAGCUCCGCCGGACCUACAGCGAACAGUGGCAGCAAAUGAGCCAGGAGUUCACCCGGGCCACGCAGCAGGAGCCCGAGCGCCUGAGGGCCCAGUAUCGCAGCCAGGUCCGGGAGAGCGCCCAGGCCAGGCGCAAGUACCAGGAGGCCAGCAAAGAGAAGGACCGAGAGAAAGCCAAGGACAGAUACGUCCGGAGCCUCUGGAAGCUCUACUCCCUCCACAACCAGUACGUUUUGGCACUGAAAGCGGCCGAGACGCAGCACGAGACGCACUACCAGCAGACCCUGCCGGGGACGCUCCAGUCCUUGCACGCCUUGCACCAGGAGAUGGUCCACCUCACGAAGGCCACUUUGCAGGAGUUCACCAGCAUCACCAGCCUGGUGCAGGAGGAGAUGGUGACGGUGCACCAGGCCAUGGUCAGGGCCAUUGACCGCAUCCAGCCAGCCGCUGAGUACCAAGGGUUCCUCCCUCCUUGCAAGUGUGGAAGCGAAUUCCCCGUCACGGUGAGUUUUGAUGAGAGCCUACUGGAGGAGGCCGAGAUGGAGGGUCUGGAAGCUGGAGAGCUGCAGCUGAACGAGCUCACGGUGGAGAGCAUGCAGCACAGCCUGACUUCCCUGGAAGAAGAGCUGGCCUCUGCCGCAGACAACGCCCGCGACCACCACCAGCGUGUCCAGGCCCUGAAGGCAGAAAUCCAGGAUGAAGAGGCAGCGGGAAGCCAGGAGGAGCGGGUGCUGCUGCUAGGGCGCCGCCUGGCCCUGCAUGAAGCUUGGCACCUCCACCGACUGGCCCAGGGCCACCAGGCCAAGCUCCAGGCCCAGAGGGACCUGCUGCGGCGGAAGCUGGAGGCGCUGGGGGACGGAGACCCCCCUCCCGCCCCGGCCCUGCAGGACGACAUCCAGCCCCCCGCCUCCCCCCCAGAGGAUCCCGGUCGCGAUGUGGGGCUUCUGCCAGCCUUGGAAGCCCUGAAGCACCACUUUGCUGGCAUCUUCCGCCCGAGGGUCUCGCAGCUGCCGCCCCCAUUGCCGAUGCUGCCUGAGGAGCAGAAGCCCCUGGGCCAACAGGCCUGGUACCACGGUGCCAUCCCCCGGGAGGAGGUCCAGAGCCUCUUGCGGGAGAGCGGGGACUUCUUGGUGCGAGAGAGCCAGGGCAAGCGGGAGUUCGUCCUCUCGGUGCUGUGGGACGGGCAGCCCCGGCACUUCAUCCUCCAGGCCACCACCGACAACAUGUACCGCCUGGAAGGUGAAGCGUUUCCCAGCAUCCCCCUGCUGAUCGACCACUUCCUGAAGGCCAAGCAGCCCAUCACCAAGAAGAGCGGCAUUGUCCUGGGCAAGCCGAUUGUGAAGGACAAAUGGGUGCUUGACCACGAGGAUGUCCUGCUUGGGGAACGCAUUGGGCAGGGCAAUUUUGGAGAGGUGUUCAGUGGCCGCUUGCGUUACGACAACACUCCGGUGGCAGUGAAGUCCUGCCGCGAAACCCUUCCUCCAGAGCUCAGAGCCAAGUUCCUGCGGGAGGCCAGGAUCCUGAAGCAGUACAGCCACCCCAACAUCGUCAGCCUGAUUGGGGUCUGCACCCAGAAGCAUCCCAUCUACAUCGUCAUGGAGCUUGUACAAGGCGGGGACUUCCUGACCUUCCUGCGGAACGAAGGGGCCGAACUCACCUCCCGGGACCUGCUGAGGAUGAUGGAGGACGCAGCCGCGGGGAUGGAGUACCUGGCAGGGAAGCACUGCAUCCACCGUGACCUGGCAGCCAGGAACUGCCUGGUGACGGAGAAGUAUGCGCUGAAGAUCAGCGACUUUGGGAUGUCUCGGGAGCAGGAGGACGGAGUCUAUGCCUCCACCGGCGGCAUGAAGCACAUCCCAGUGAGGUGGACUGCACCGGAGGCACUCAGCUGUGGGUUGUAUUCCUCUCAAAGUGACGUCUGGAGCUUUGGGAUCCUGCUCUGGGAAGCCUUCAGCCUCGGGGCCACGCCGUACCCCAACAUGAGUAACCAGCAAACCCGGGAGGCUGUGGAGAGAGGGGUCCGGCUGAGUGCCCCCGACCGCUGCCCGGAGGAGGCCUACCAGCUGAUGCUGCGCUGCUGGGAGUACGAGCCACAGGACCGGCCCACCUUCACGGCUGUCCACAGGGAGCUGGUGGCCAUCCAGACCCGGCAGCAGCAGCAGCGCCAUGGAGGGUGGCCGCGCCAGAGGCGGCUCUAGGGGCGGAACCGGCAAGACCCCGUGUGCUGGUACAGCUGUACCAGGACCUUCUACUUUACUUUCUUGCUGCAAAUGUUUGCAUUCAUAGGACAGGCCACCUGUCAAUCACCAUUAAGUUUGGUUCCGCCCCUUGUUCAGGGCUCUGGGAGGGAAGGAGCCAUUUUUAAGUUAGUCUCACUUAGGAAGCUCAGCUAUAGGACGUAGACCAGCUCGUCCUGUAAAAAGCUUCAUAUUUCAAGACCACCGGGGAUAAAGAGCACCAGGGUUAAAGAACACCAGGGAUAUUGACCGUCCCGGGAUACAGAACAACAGCACAGAAACAUCUGCAAGCCUCGGCUGGUAGGUCCACUCGACAACCAGACGCACUUGGAGUCGGUAGUGGGUCCCAGACCAGCUAGGCCCAGAUAACAGAUAGCCUGGGAGGGGUUAUAAGAGGGUUUUCACAGUUAUUCAAAGCCUAUCGCCUGUCCUGUGGGGCAAGAUUCCUUGAAGAUUUAUUAUUUGUUCCUUAAUCCCUCCUUAUUAUCCAAGAUAUUCGCUUAGCCAAGCUUCUGCCGGCCCGUUUAGCUUGAGACUCUACUGUACUUUCGAAAUCAUUUGUUUUCCAUAAUCCCUUCUUUACUUUUAAAUUUGAUGUUAGCUUGUCAUUCAGUGCCAUUCUCCAAACUUCUUUAUACCAUUCAUUAAUUUGUAUGUUCAUUUCUCCUUUCCAAUAUUUUGCAAUUAGUGAUCUAGCUGCUGUUAACCACAUGUGUAUUAAAUUUUUCCCCUCUUAUCUUAUAUUUUUUUAAUUAAAAGUAAUAUUUUAAGUGACUGGCUUGACCUUAAAGGAACUGGGGGCGGCCGACAGGGAGCUCUGACGUAAUAAUAAUAAUAAUAAUAAUAAUAAUAAUAAUAAUAAUAAUUUUUAAUUAUAUACCGUCCUAUCUCCCGGAUGGGACACAGGGCGGUUUACAGUCAUAAAUGCAACACAACAUUACAUAACGACAUAACACACAUUAUUAAACAAGGUAAAAUAAUACAAUUAUAACAAUAAAUCACACUUACAUGACCAGAUCAAGGGGGCAGUGGACUGGUUUGUGAGGUCACGAAGAGUCCAAAGAAACUGAAUGAAUAAACAACUUUAUUUAUUUGCAACUUUUCUACCCUGCCCUUCUCACCCGAGGGGGACUCAGGGCGGCUUACAACAUCCGGCAAAAUUCAAUGCCAAACAGAUCAAUAAAAACAGCAACACAUCUAAAACCAAUUAACAACAAUCCAUAAAAUACAAUACAUAAAAUACAUUAGUCACGCUAAAACAUAUAGUUACUUAAUACCAUUUUUCCAAGGAACCAUUGCACAUAAACCUAAGUUCAGACCAUGUCAAUAUACGUAAAUUGAUAAUAGUGCAAUACCAGGGAUUCUUUCCAAUUUGAUGUUCAUUAUAUCCUCUAUCUCUUUAAAUAUUUUAUACCAAAAUUUCCUUACAUAUUUACAAUACCACCACAUAUGUACCGUAUAUACUCAAGUAUAAACCAACCAGAAUAUAAGCCGAGGCGCCUAAUUUUAGAACAAAAAACUGGGAAAACAUUGACUCCAGUAUAAGCUGAGGGUGGUAAACUUCAAAAAUAAAAAUACAGUAGAGUCUCACUUAUCCAAGCUAAACAGGCUGGCAGAAGCUUGGAUAAGUGAAUAUCUUGGAUAAUAAGGAGAGAUUAAGGAAAAGCCUAUUAAACAUCAAAUUAGGUUAUGAUUCUACAAAUUAAGCACCAAAACAUCAUGUUAUACAACAAAUGUGACAGAAAAAGUAGUUCAAUACACAGUAAGGUUAUGUUGUAAUUACUGUAUUUACGAAUUUAGCAUGAAAAUAUCAUGAUAUAUUGAAAACAUUGACUACAAAAAUGGCUUGGAUAAUCCAGAAACUUGGAUAAGCGAGGCUUGGAUAAGUGAGACUCUACUGUAGAUACCAAAAAAUUACAUUAAUUGUGGCAUCGGUAGGUUAAAUGGUUUUGAAUAUUUACAUCAAGCUCUAAUUUAAGAUAAGACUAACUCUGAUUAAAUCAUUAUUUUCAUCUUCUUCAAUGUAAAUGUGCUUAUGUAUCCUUUUAAUAAUAAUAGAGCAAAAUAAUACAUUUAAUAAUACAGUAGAGUCUCACUUAUCCAACAUAAACGGGCCGGCAGAACGUUGGAUAAGCGAAUGUGUUGGAUAAUAAGGAGGGAUUAAGGAAACGCCUAUUAAACAUCAAAUUAGGUUAUGAUUUUACAAAUUAAGCACCAAAACAUCACGUUAUACAACAAAUUUGACAGAAAAAGUAGUUCAAUACGCAGUAAUGUUAUGUUGUAAUUACUGUAUUUUCAAAUUUAGCACCAAAAUAUCACGAUAUAUUGAAAACAUUGACUACAAAAAUGGCUUGGAUAAUCCAGAACGUUGGAUAAGUGAGACUCUACUGUAUUUACGAAUUUAGCACCAAAAUAUCACAGUGUAUUGAAAACAUUGACUACAAAAAUGGCUUGGAUAAUCCAGAACGUUGGAUAA